AUGAACGUGCUCGCCGCAAAGGACCAGGAGAACUUCGUGCACGGCCUUCAAACAGCUGCUGCGAGCAAGCCGCUCAACGCCGGCCUCAAGGGCUUUGCCGCCAAAACACCAGCAAAAAAGGUCCCGCUCAACGACGAGAAUGCAGUCGCAAAAGGCGGCAAGUCGGUCUUGCAGACCAAGGGCAGGGGAAACGAGAAUCUGUUCGUGACGGGCAAGAAGGAUGGGAAGCUGGACAGCAAUGCCUUCGUCACACCGGCUGGCCCUCGCACCCGCGCGCCGCUGGGCAUGAAGACGACCAACGCGAAAGCCAAAGCCUUCCAAACACCCGUGCCCCUCUCCGCGUCUGCAAAGACGCAAAAAGCCAGCCCUCGCCUUCGCCGCCCCAAAGUAAAGGUUCAGCCUGACGUGCAGCAUGCCGGGGAAAAUGACGUGCCCGAAGUCGAGUACAUGCCCCCAAAGGAGGUUCCACUGCUGGAUGACAUGGGCGACUACCUCCCGCGCGACUGGAAGAUACCGAAGCUCGAAAAUGGUGGUGUCGAGGAGGCGUAUCGCAACCCGCUAGAGGAUGAUGGCCGCACCAAACUCCAGCGUGAAUUUGAAGAGAAGUUGGAACGUGACAUAAGGAAGCGCGAUGAGGAAUUCGAUAGAGUGCUCGACCAGCAAAUGGAGCAGGAUCAACUCGACGUUGCAAGGCACUUUGGCGUAGCGCUACCACAGAAGGUCGCACCAAAAUCUACACUUAUCGCAGCAGAACCUACAAGGACAAAGGCGACCGGACCAUCCACACUGAAGGCGAAGUCUGCUGCUGCUGCUCUAUCCGAGCCGCGUAGGCCCGCUUAUGCUGCCCAAACUGCAGCAACCAAGUCCCGCCUUCCAAGCAAGCCAGUUGCCGGCAAGAAGUCUAUCAACAACCCCUCUGCGACCCGCCAUGAAGCAGCGACAGCCGCCUCAAAAAGCACAAUCGGCUAUGCCCAGGGCCGCGAGAACGCAGCGAGCAAAUUACAGCCCCGAAAACCACUUUCCAACGUCACCAAACCCGCCCCAUUCUCCGUCGUUGCCAAUCGCGCACCUAGUGCCUCCUCCAUGCACAAGUACAACGCCAGCACUUCAUCAGUCGUUAGCAAACCGCGCGGUCCCUUCUCUCGCUCAAGCUCCACGUCGACCAAUGCCACGCUUGUUGCGCCGCCGCAGGCGGCACCAACCUACCGCACCGCCGAAGACAUCGAGCGCGAACUUGAGCUCAUGCUGCUUCGCGAUGACGACAACGAUGGCGAAGAGGCGUGGGCAAACAGUUUCAGCAGCGUCUUGGGUGGUAGAGAUCCGUUUGACGAGGAUGUGGAAGACUUCCAAUUUCAACUGCCGGAGGGCUUGUAG